AAAAAAAAAAUCCAUAUAUUCUCAAGUAUUGUCAAUAGUGGAUUUUUCAGUUUUAAUGUAAGUUUCUCAGAUGAUUAGUUGAAUGUUAUAUAAUAAAGAAAAUGUUCAGAGUUAAUCCAGAGAAAUGAAUUAUUAAAAUGACCCAUGACAUUUUCUGGACUGAUACUGGCAGCUGUUGUUAUGAGCACAGAAAUGAUAAAACACAUCAAUUAAAUUUUACAUGUAGUUUGAAUUCCAGGUUUCUAGCCUCCCUCUGAAUCAUUACAGGUGAUUUGAAUCCUGUCAAAGUUACAGGAUAGAUUGUUUGCCUUUGUUUGAGUUGCUUCUGAAACACAGAACCUGGGAAUAUAUGUUGGUUAACAUUUAAACAUGUCAGUGAACGCCACCUCCGUACCGGCUGAUCUGCUGUUUUACCGCUGUACCAGCCUAAGCAUCGCCGUGAGGUCGAUCAGGGCCAUUCUCCUCCUCCCUCUCUCCUGCUUCAUCCUGUUUCUGGGUCUACAGAAGCGGCGCCAGCAGCGAGCUUUUCGAACCGCGGCCCACGCUGACGUCUUCACCUUCCACCUGGCUGUCAUGGAGCUGCUCUGGGUGUUUGGGUUCUUCUGUCAUAUUUGCGCCGAACACUUGAGCAUCUUGGAAAUAAAAACCGUAGGGUUCUGGCCGGCUUCUUUUACAUUUUACGGAGAGAUGCUGUUCCAUAUCCUGACCUGUGCGGAGCGCUACGUUGCAGCUGUUCACCCUGUAGUUUACCUGAGGGCCAAAGGCAGCUGCGGGGUCAGAAUCCGAAACAUCAGCAUCGCUUCUGUUUGGCUGCUGUGUCUGAUUCUGAUCGGUCUGAGCGAAGCGUUACCCAUCAGAACCAGAACCGUCCCAUUGUACUGCCUGUUGGUUGUCACCCUGACAGUCACAUCUUCCUGCAGCGCCUCUGUUCUCUGCGCUCUGGUUCACCCGGGUCCUGGGGACGGCGGCGCAGAGAGGGAACGGCUGGACCGAUCAAAGCAGAGGGCUUUCCACACCAUAACAGCCAUUUCUGGCAUGCAGUGGUUUUGGUUUGUUGGUCUCCUUAUUUCCACUGCUUUGACCAAAACGUCUUUGCUGAAUUUAAGUGAUGCAUGUUUUAUCGAAACAAGUUUCGGGUUUUGCAACUUGCCCAGUAACUUGGUGAUGCCUCUGCUGUUUCUUCUCAGGGCUGGAAAACUGUCCUGUUUCUGAAGACAAAUGAGGAAUUUAAAUGGAUAAAACACAAAAUAUUACCAAGUAUUUCUGGUUUAUUUCUAGUGCAAAAAUCUUAGUACAUUUGAAAUAAGACAAAACUAACAAGUGAACUUUAAGCAAUAAAAAGUUAAUUCCUUAAUAUUGAUGAAAAAGUUCUAGUUAUAUAUUAAAUCCAAUCUGCCAGUGGAAGUUGUGCUUUUUAUGAAUAUUAUUGACUUAAGACAAUUAUAAUUUUUAUUAAUUAAAAUUAUUGACCCAAAUAAGUUCCUACAUCUUCCUGGAAAGUUAUUUGCAAGUUAGUUUUGUGUUAUUUUGAGUGGACUAAGAUGAUCGUACAAGAAACUAGACCAGGAACACCUCAUACCAUUUAAUAUUUUUUUACAGCGUAGUGGCUGUUUCUGUUGAUACAUGAGUGCAUAUGUUGUAUGUGCUCCUCCCUAAUUUAAAUACUUAAUUUUCUCUUUUUUUUUUUGGAAGGGAACGGGAUUGCCAUGUUUUUUGACUUGUAGGGAUUUCAGCCAGAUUUUGAUUUCUACCCUACAAGCAUCGUAAAGUUUUUGAAAAAUAGGUCUUCCAAAAUAAUGUAUCAUAAUAAUCAACUUCAAGGCACUCUGUCUGUUGUCUGUGGUCAUCACUGUGUUUAUUACCUUUGUAAUAGAACUUGCAGUUUAUCAAUGCAAUAAGUACUUGAUUCAUACCCCGGUGAUGUGAUAAAAAAUGAUGUCAUGGUUUCAGAUUUUGUGAAAAAAUAUCAGCGCUGUGUAAAAAACCAAAAUUAUUGUUCUUUUAUCCACAGACCAUGUUCUAUGCAAAUGUUUAAAGAUUGUCACAAAUUGUUAACAUGAUUUUCUAAUAUUAUUGCUGUAUUAAAACAAGAGCAUGUGCACCUGAAAAAUUCUUCAAUAAAAUA